CGCGGUGAAGUAUCUUUGUAUGUACUGUACCAUGUAACCCAUCCAUGUAGUCGUGGUACUUACUGUACGAGGAUGCGCUGUCGGUCGUGUGCACUGCUCCUAGCGUGACAUGGGACUUCUUGGCGCUUCCCGCGUCUCGCCCAUCGCGUCCGCAUUUCACCCUUCGCCAGUCCACGCCCACGCUCGCGACAACCACUGGCUGCUGUUUCCGAGGAUGACAAUUUGGCGCCGAUUCUGCCUCAGGUCGAUCAACUCGCGGCGGGAUGGUGAAGCCGCGAGCAGCGCGCAAGAAGCCCGUCGUGCUCUCAUCCGAUUCUGAGCAAGAUGAGACACACUCACCGCCUCCCAAGCGGACCAGGAGGGGCACACUAACGAGUUCAUCUAAUGGCCCGCAGGGUGAAGUCAAGCCAGCCCGCGCCCAAACAUUACAGGCACCGCUACCGAAGCCGUCCAAAGCUGCUCUGAAGAAGUCUCCAGCCAAGUCUCCAACGAAGCCCAAGCCGGGAUACAAGCCCAUUACCUCCUUUUUCAGCCAUGUCCCUCGCUCGCAGUCGCUUCAGCCCACCCCGAGCCCUGAGAAGCCUGGCACGCCGUUCGAAGACGUAGAUGAUAUCUUCGACUCCUCUGACGACGACCACACCCCCAAGCCGACGGCCGCUUUACCCUUGCGCAAGAACGUGAAGCCUGUCACAGCCGCAGAAAAUGAUCAUGUCGCAAAGAGCAGGCAGCAGUUCCUCCGUACAACGAGUGGAGCACGCAGCACGCCUCCCGCUUCGCAGCCAGCGCGUGAGGAUACAGUAGAUAGACGGCCAUGGACCGAAAGGUACGGCCCGUUGUCGCUCGAGGAGCUGGCAGUACACAAGAAGAAGGUCGCAGAUAUACGAACAUGGCUUACAGACGUCUUCGGCGGUAGAGAGCGCAAGCGGCUACUGCUUCUCAAAGGCCCUGCUGGCAGCGGGAAAACCACGACCAUGUCACUACUCGCUAGAGAACUGAGUAUUGGCAUACAGGAGUGGAAGAACCCCACCGGCUCCAUGUCCACGUCCGACAGUUUUGUAUCUGUCACUGCGCAGUUCGAAGACUUUGUAGGAAGGACUGGAACGUUCGGUAGCCUUACAUUCGAUACGCCAGUCCAGGCACCCCAGCAAGCUUCGCCCAGCGGUCAGACUGGUAGACAAAAGCAACUGGUUCUUGUAGAAGAGUUUCCCAAUACAUUCACGCGUACAUCUUCCGCCGUACAAUCUUUUCGAUCUUCCGUUCUCAACUAUCUUGCCGCAAACACGCAGUCAGCUACUAUGUUUUUUUCCAGUCAAGUCGACCCGGAGCAGUCGGUAACACCAAUCGUCAUGAUCAUCUCCGAAACCCUCCUCUCCACCAACACGGCUGCCGCCGAUAGCUUUACUGCCCAUCGGCUGCUGGGUCCUGAGAUUCUGACACAUCCUGGAGUCUCGGUCAUUGAGUUCAACCCGAUUGCGCCAACAUAUAUGACAAAGGCACUGGAUAUGAUCGUUGUGAAGGAAGCGCGCAAGUCUGGGCGUAAGAAGACUUUGGGUCCACAAGUUAUCCAGCGUCUUGCAGAGCUUGGCGAUAUCCGCAGCGCCGUAUCAUCUCUGGAGUUCCUCUGCCUGCGCGGAGAUGAUGCAGAGGGUUGGGGCGCCAAGGUAAACUUUUCCAAGAAAAAAGGACCAAAAGAUACUCCUAUAACCAAGAUGGAGCAAGAGUCUUUGGAGUUGGUGACGCAGCGAGAAAGCACAUUGGGAAUCUUCCAUGCUGUUGGGAGGGUUGUGUAUAACAAGCGCCUUUCGGAAGAUACUGGAGCACCUGUCCCGCAGCCGCCGAAUUGGUUUCCUGAGAGACGACGACCAAAAGCAUCCGAAGUCAAUGUUGAUCUUCUCAUCGAUGAGAUAGGUACUGACACGCAAACUUUCGUCGCGGCAUUACACGAGAACUACGUUCUCUCAUGUGGGGGUGCCGACACUGAAGAGACCAUGGACUCGAUCGAGGGAUGCAUAGAAGCCCUGUCCAAUGCUGAUCUCCUCUCGCCAGAUAGAUUUGGCGCAGGUUCCGGUCGGCGAAGUCUCCAGGGCACGAGUGCGGAUAACCUACGUCAAGAUGAGAUGUGCUUUCAGACCAGCGUUCGCGGAUUACUCUACAAUUUACCACACCCUGUCAAACGAGUGACUCCACCGCCUGGCAUCAUGGGCAUCAAAGCCAAAGGCCAGGGAGCAGGGACUGGUGCACCUAAGGGGAACGCAUUCGUCAUGUACUACCCCGCGUCGCUACGAUUAUGGAAACAGCAAGAAGAGGUAGGAGGCCUAUUAGAGAUGUGGAUAUCGCGUGCUCAGAAAGGCGAAUUACUCGCAUCAACUGCGGCAGCGUUCAAACCAACUAUCUCAACGGGUGGCGUUGACACCUGGAGGAAGAACACAUCGUUUUCACAACGACCAUCGACCCAAAACACGAAACCUUCUGUGGAAGACACGUCAUCUUCUAUUCUGCUUGGUAGCGGUGGUUCAGCACGUUACGAAAUGCUCCUUGAACGUCUUCCCUAUCUUACCACUAUCCUCCGAAAGUCUCGCAUGCUAUCACCUUCCACCGCAGCUACGAUUCGCGAUAUCCAGAAGAUAACUGCCUUCACUGGAAACACGGCCUCGGGCGUAACCGAAGAUGACGAGCAGGAAGAGGACCCAAGAUCAGGAGAGCACGAGCAGUGGGCGACGGAUAGACCUGCUGCCGAGACUCCGAAGAAAAAGAGGGGAAUCAAGGUCGCGAGUACAGAGCCAGAGCAAGAGUCGGCGAUUCCGGGCUUGAUUGAUAAAGGAGCAAGUUUGAUGCUUAGCGAUGAUGAUAUCGAGGACUAACUUGUUCAGUGGAUAUUUUAUGUAAAAUGUGUAUUAGAUCGGUCCGGGUACCAGGUGCGGCUGCCCACACGGUGUCAAUGGUGUUUAUGGAGAACUCAGAUGUUGCUUUGUACAAAAGAUUCACAAUAUACUACAUACGAAU